GUGACAUGGCAACGGGAACGGGAACCGGAGGAGGAGGGGUUCCGUGAUCGCAAGCUCACAGUCGCGGCGACGGGAGACGACGAGGCUUGCUCGCCUCGCCUGGCCCCUUUCGGCCGCCUUUGCCUUUUCGGCCUUUGCAGCCUUUUUGCUGUGCUUGCUCCCCCUCUCCCUUCCCCACCAUUCCCCCGUCUGUGACUCUCUCCCCCACUCCCUCCUCCCUCCCUCCCUCCCUCCCCCGGCUCCUCUUCUUCUCCACUCGGCCGGGCACUCCCCAUCGCCCCGGCCGCGUACCAGAUGUCCACAAUGCUGCCAUCCAGAUCAAGAUCUGGGCCGAACGAGUCCCCCAUCAGCAGCAGGGGCAGGCCGAGCACGCCGUCCUCCAACCACCGCCCGUCCACGCCGUCCUCCAACCACCGCCCGUCCACUCCGUCCUCCAACCACCGCCCCUCCACCCCGGGCGGCACCAGGAGGAGCAGCGUCGGCACGCCGUCCACGCCGCGCUCCCGCUCCAACGGCGGCGGGCCCUUCAAGUCCGAGCCCAACUCGCCGCCCUCGGCGGCCGCGCAGAACGCCCGGCCGCGCCUCUCGUUCGACCGCUCGCCGAGAUCCGCGGACUCCAAGCCCGUCGUCGAGCGCCGGGUGCCCAAGAUCGGCACGCCCCCUGAUAAGCAGCCGCGGAGGGAGGCUGAACUACAGGCACGGCUUGAGUCCGCCCAGGAGGACCUGAAGAAGGCCAAGGAUCAACUGGCCUUCAUCGUCGGCGAGAGGGACCGUCUUGUCGGGGAGCUCAAUGAGGCCAAGCGAGUCGCUGAUGAGACCCACGAGAAGCUCCAGGAUGCCCUCAUGGCCAAGAGGUGGGCUGAGGAGGCCACGGAGAUCGAGAAAUUCCGAGCGGAUGAGCUCGAGCAGGCUGGCAUCGACGAGGCGCAGAGGCGGGAGGAGGAGUGGCAGAGGGAGAUUGAGUGCGUGCGUGGCCAGCACGCCGCCGACCUGGAGACUUUGGUCAACACAACAGAAGAGCUGGAGAGGCUCAGGCGUGACCUUUCGAUGGCUAACGAGGCCAAGAAGGCUGCACUUGGCCAUGCAGAUGAUGCCAUGAAGAUUGCUGAGGUCAAUGCGGAGAAGGUGGAGAUCCUCUCAAUUGAAGUUGUUCGCUUGAAAGGGUUGCUUGAUUCAACUGCUGCAAGCGAAGAGAGUAAAAACCGUGAAACUGAGGUUCUUGUUAAGAAUCUGGAGUCCGAGGUUUCAUCACUGAAAGUUAAACUUGAGGAGGCAAAAGUCCUGGAGGAGAGAUUGGCAGAGGCAGAGAAAACGAUUCAGGAGCUUAAAUCACAGAUAGCUGAUGCACAGAAGGUCGAGUCAGACAUCCGUCAGCAGUUAGAAGAAUGGAAGGAGAAGUCAGCAUCACUUGAGAUGAAAUUGGAGGAAGUGACUCUGUCCGAGAAGUUCAAAAGUGACUCCCUUGCCUCUACAACUGAACAGCUGGACAAGAUCCAUUCUAUGUUGCAAGAUAGAGAAUCAGAAAUUGAAGUUCUUAAAGGAAAGACAACCGCCUUGGAAAUUGAGGUGGCAAGGCUUUUAGCAGAAGUUAAUGAUUCCAAUGAGCAUUUGGAUGCAUCGCAGCAAGAGGUGUUUGGGCUGCAGACGACAAUAGAUGUUCUGCGGAACAAGCUUGAGACUGCAGAACUAGCUGCUUCAGAGGCUUUGAACAAUGAGAAGACUGCUAACACGAAGAUAGAAGAUCUGACUGAGGAGAAAACUAAGCUAAUUAGUGAGCUGGAUGAUGCUAGAGAUAGAGAGGAGAAAGAGAAAAGAGCAGUGGAGGAUCUUACUGCUGCAUUGGACAAGGCAUGUUGUGAAGCGCAGGAAGCACAUGAUAGGUUUCAGAAGAAAGAAGAUGAUUACGAGCAUGCUCUUGCUCAGAUAGGUGAUCUGAAGAUGUCCCUAAAGAGUAUGGAGGAGAGCUAUGAGGCAAUGCUUGAUGAGGCAAACCAUGACAUAACUCGCCUAAGGGAAACUGUCGAGAAGCUGGAGGCUGAGGUGAGCAAGUACAGAGAAGAAUGUGAAUCUAAGGAGCUUGACCUUAUCACAGCAAGCAAGCAGUCUGAACAAGAAAUUGCUGCUCUUAAAGUAGAAGUGGAGCAGGUAGCUGCAUCAUUGCAAGGUGCAGAGCACGAGAUUGAAGCAGUCACUGAAGAGAAAGAGAGGCUUCAAGAGAAACUGCGGAAUACGGAAGCAGCAGUUGCUGAAGCCAACAAGGCUGUGCAGGAGGCAAAGACUGAGAAGGAGCAGCUUCAAGAAAAACUUGCACACACGGAAUCAGCGGUUGCUGAGGCCAGCAUGGCUACGCAGGAAGCAAAGACUGAGAUGGAGAGGCUUCAAGAGAAACUGACGUAUACAGAAUCGGCAGUUGCUGAAGCCGAUAAGGCUGUGCAGGAGGCAAAGGCGGAGAGUUCGCAGCUGAAGGAGAGGUUACUUGACAAAGAGAAUGCGUUGCAGAACCUAACCCAGGAGAAUGAUGAGUUCAGGAUGCGAGAAGCUGAUGCCAUGAAGAAAAUAGAGGAGCUGUCUGCUCUUCUCGCUGAAGCGAUGACUAAGAAGCAUCCUGAAGAGGAAGAGAAGCUAGUGAUCGUGGAUGAGGUGCACAAUUCUGCGCGUGAAGAAUUUACCCGUUCUGUUGCAGAAAAUGAAGAUGCGGAAGAAAGUGAUGAUAAAAAACUGCAUCUGGAAGUCGACGCAGAUGAUAUGAGGUCCAAUGGAGACAUGAACCACGAAGAGAAAGAUGACAGCAAGGUCGAACAAGAGGAACUGAAAAUUGGCAGUGUACAAGAGAGCGAAAAGGUUGUCUUCGAGAAGGAAGCACAGGCUGAAAACAGAAAGCAAGAGACUGAAUCGUCGAACGAUGAAUUGGAUUCUAAGAAAGAGGACAGCAGCACUGAGAACACAAACGGCACGACCGUACCAGAAGAUACGGCCAGUAAAGUGGCAAUGUCCCCGACGAAACCGCAGCAGCAGCAGAAAAAGAACAAGCCUCUGCUGAAGAAGUUUGGAAGCUUACUGAAAAAGAAAAACAGCAAGUAGCCGAACAGCGCGUGUACUAUUAGUGUCAUCUUGAUUUUCCUCUGUUUUUUUUGGUUUGUUUGACGCGGUGUUGUGCUUCCUAUGCGUUUACUGCCAAUGCCUGUAUUUUUGGUGAUUGGAGAAGUUUGUGGGUGUCGUGAUUUUUUUUCUCGCCUUAUUCGUUUAACUCGGACCUAUAUGGUGCUUGGCUGCUACCUGCCUCCACGUUUGUGGCAGUUCACUUGUGUGUAAAUGGAGUUCCUCCUAAUCAGAAUGGCUGGCUAUUCGUUUCUGAAACCGUGCAGCUCCUUGAUUGUAAUGUGAUGCGAUGUAAUGUGCCAGUGACCUAACCUGGAUA